CGAUGGAGAACUGCUGGUUCCUUCUUCGCGCAAGGAUGCGCAUAGGUACUGUCAUGACAGAUAGGCAGAAGGGUUAUGUAGUUGAAGAAGUGUAGAGGAGACGAGAGGAGAGGAGGAGUAGUAGGAAUAGAAGGGCGAAGAAGUCACAUGUGAAGCGUCUCUGAAUCCGCCACGUGUAAAUGCACGUAGAUGACCAAGUUUCCUCACGUGCGCGGGCGCAGGAAACGUGGAUGCAAUGCGAUUGAUUGACUGACUGGUCGAUUGAUUGAUUGAUUGAUUGGUUGCUUGCUUGAUUGGUUGAUUGAUUGAUUGAUUGAUUAAUGUGCGCAGCGAGUUGAAGAGAGAAAGAACGGUAGGAAGAGCACGAAGCAGGCGGGGGAGGUUACCGUGGCUUAGGCAUGGCUACGAGAACAACGCCACCUCAGAAGGGAAGCGGGGGGGGGAGUAGAAACAACGGGAGUUCAGGGGGUUCUGCAGACGGAGUAUGGGGGGUUCCAUAUCAUCUGAAGACGACCCCUCCGCCUCCUGACGAUGACUACGAGCCUACGAGUGGGAAGGGAGUUCGAGAGGAAGAGGGCAUUGCCAAGCACAGGCCAAUGGAAAGAGAGUCAGAGGAAGAGGCUCAAGCGGGUGAACGACUAGAAGAAGACUGUUCAUUGCUGGAGAGGACCUCCAGGCUGACGAAGCCUGGCGAUUUCGCUUUUGGUAUUUUGGGUACCUCAGAUAAUAAUGACAUGCCUGGAUCCCCAACACCCAUGCCAACCUCACAGGGAGCUGACCCUGGCCAGAUGUCCUUAGAAGAACAGUCAAAUGGCUGUGAUAAACUGAUCUCUACCACAGUCUCUUCUCCUCCGUCUUCUUCUUCUCAGUCCAAAGAUCUGAAGCCUCGUUCAGAAAAUGAACAGAAGCUGCAUUCAGAAGACAAACAGAAGCCUCGCUCAGGAAAGGAACAGAAGCCUCAUUCUGAAGAUGAACGAUGUGCUUUGCAGAAAGCGUCCUCCAAUUCCGUGGCAGCGGGGGAACGCUCGGCGGCGGGGCCGUCGAGCAUAAACAGCAUAGCCGCAAGUUCUGGCGACGUGACAUCUCCACCGGACAGUGGUUUCGCUGCACCGAAGCGGACCCCCAUUCAGCGAUCAAAGGUGCCUUUCGAAAAGGGAUUCUCCCAAGUGGCGUGGAUGAAGCUAAUGCGCACACACCCCGAUCUUGCAGGUUUGAAGGGACAACCACCGAGGCGUGGAAUUACAAUGCAGGAAGUCAAGAAACACAGGUCGCCGGAUGACGCAUGGAUGGUCUUGAAAGGCAAAGUGUAUAACAUCACUCCCUAUUUGGAUUUCCACCCAGGAGGUAUCACACUGCUGUUGCCACGUGGCACUUUGCCUAAUAAAGAACUCCAACGAAAUAGGGAGGAGGAGGAGGAGAAAGGAGGAGGACGAGGAGGUGGAGGAGGAGGAGGAGGAGGAGAGAAGAAGACGAAGGGAGGAGGAGGAGGAGGAGAGAAGAAGACGAAAGGAGGAGGAGGAGGAGAACGAGGAGGACAAGGACGAGAGAAGAAGAUGAAAGGAGGAGGAGGAGGAGGAGGAGGAGGAGGAGAGGAAGAGGAGGAAAGGAGGAGGAGAGGAAGAAGAAGAAGACGAAAGGAGGUGGAGGUGGAGGAGAGGAAGAAAAAGAAGAAGAGGAAGAAAAAGAAGAAGAGGAAGAAAAAGAAGAAGAGGAAGGAAGGAGGUGGAGGCGGAUACACCACGACGGGACAGGACCUUGACGGGCGGCGACGAUGGGGAGGGCUGCUCGACGGGGCAGGUCGACGGGGAGUGAUGACUCGCGGGCUUCAAGACGGCAGCAACGGCAACAACGACCGACGACGGGGCACCUCGAUGACGACGACGGGGCACAGCUCGAUGGCGAUGAUGGGGCAGCUCUACGCAGAGCGGCGACUGGCGGGCUUGGAGACGGCAGCAAAACCGUGGGCUUCGGAAAUGCAGCGAAGCGGGAAUACAGCAUUCGAAUUCGAACGCGGCUUCGUAGGCGACCAGGGGGGCGAAUCAAGGCUACGGCGGCAGUAACGCGGGGGGAAUUUCGCGCGGGGGGGCGGGGAGGCUGCCACUGGCCAAAAAACUCGAAAAAAGGCCUCCCCCCCCGCCCGCGCAAAAUUGCGCUGGGCCUGCCCGGCGCCAAACCGGGGGACCCAACCGGCCGGGCGGCCCGGAUUUUAAUACAGAAAAAGAAUGCUUUCUUCAAGGUGCCUCAGGCUGUCUGCUCUUUUCUUCACUUGUUUCGCAUAGAGCGCUAAUGUGUAGCUAUAAAAAAUAGAUGCUGAUAGGUAUAUGUGAUGACAAUAUAAACAAUAUAUAUAUACUAUAUAGUAUACACUCAUGGUGUCGCAUGCCUCAAUUUAUUUAGAUAUCGUCGACUUUGUCAAUGCUCGAAGGGACAUGCUUAUGAAAGGGGCAGGCAGGGAUGGCACCUUUCUCUUUAACAAAUACCAUGCUUGGGUCAAUUCAGACUUCCUAAUGGAGAAGUGCUUUGUCGGCAUGCUUGAUGUCGACGAUAGUCACUGAUGAACUUGCUGAGGCUUAAACCUCGAGCACACAGCCCCAGCCUUGCAGAAAGUUUUUGUCGCCAAAAGCAAAACUCGGAGGGGGCGCGCAGCAGCAUGGAGCGCCGUUGAAAAACGAAAUCUGUGGCCUCCGAAGUGGUCCGGGUUCCACGCUGACACCCGCGGGCCUAUGUAUGGUGUACUGGUGCCUGAACGUCCUCCUCCUACGGACGGCAUCCACCUUCAGAACAAGAUGGGAGAAGUCUGGUUGCACGCAGAACCGCAACAGCAGAGCAACAUGGAGGAAGUGACCGAUCAUCCACUAUGGUAAGAAGACGGUGUCGGUGACAAUGUCAGCGACUCAGCAGCCAAGCGUACCACUAGAGUUUUUGGUUGACGCCAUCGUUUGAUUGGUUACCGAAGCAGAGGCAUUGGACACGUCUGUGGCAGAAGCCUGUAUAGCUGUGCCUGCAGUGCUGAAAGAGACACCGGAGGUGGCACUGGUCUUUUGCUGUACUACCAACCAUCUGGCUAUGGCAUAAAUGGGAGGUCUACACCGCCGCUGCAGAGGCAUUGGACACCUCUGUGGCAGAAGCCUGUAUAGCUGUGCUUGCAGUGCCGAAAGAGAGACCGGAGGUGGCACCGGUCUUUUGCUGUACUACCAACCAUCUGGCUAUGGCAUAUUUGUGAGGUCUACACCGCCGCGGCACAGCGAAGACUGGGUUUUCUUGGAAUCAAGUUGCUAUUUAUGUCCAAGUCAGUACGAAGAGGUUUGCAAGCACUUUCUGGUUAUCUUCCGGAGUAAAGGCUUCUUCUUCUCUACCAGGAAGUGUGUUGGGUCUUUAGUCAACUUGGGGCAUUCUUCCCAGUGCGCCCUAAGUAGACUAGGGUUGAGUGUCUAGUUGGGGAUGGUGGGAUCUCACCUAGCCAUGUUCUCCUGUCUGCGAUGUUAAGUUUGAGGUCUUUGUUGGUUGAGGUCUUUGUUGGCUGUCCUUAAAUUGCUGGUUGGCUAGAGUCGAUUAUCAAGCAUAUUUGAGUAGUGGAGUCGUUGAUUGAUUUCGUCGUGGGGUAGAUGUCAAUUGUAAUUAGGUUUGACCAAAAGUCAUGUCCUUCGACCAGUAGACCCUUCUCACCUUCUCUGUCAUAUGGCGGCCGCCGUUGUGGAUGAUUGUUUAUCCAUACGAUCGACUCAAUGAAUGAUUUCACCACUUGGGUGGAGGAUUGUUUAUCCACACGACCGACUCAGUGAAUGAUUUUACCACUUUGGUAUGUUUGACAACCGACUCGGCCAUUUGACUGUUCUUCUCUAAGGACAUCUGGCCAGGGUCAGCUCCCUGUGAGGUUGGCAUGGGUGUUGGGGAUCCAGGCAUGUCAUUAUUAUCUGAGGUACCCAAAAUACCCUGCAAGAAAAAGGAACAGAUGAAAGAGCCAGCGACCAACAACAAGCAACCAAAGCAAUGACAUCAGGUUUCUGUGAGUGUGCAAGAGCUCCGUACCUACCUUCCACAGCGCUUAGAAAAAGGGAAACUGCAUUUUUUCUGUCCAUGAUCCGAUCUCAAGAAUCGAACAUGCGCCCUCCCUCAUGGGAGUUAUCACGCUCAACCAAACGGCUAGGGAAGGCGAGGAAAAAGAAAUGGAAAGGAAGGGGGGGGAAAAAAGGAAAAGACACUGAGUUCAAAUUCCAUAUAUAUAAGGUUGUACAACAAUGUUGUUCAUCUGCAGCUCUUUCUUCUUUUGCCCUAAUCAAUGGGUUUUCCAACU